AUGCCAAUAUUCCAACCAAAACAUCAAAAAUUGAUCUUACAAUGCUAUCCACCAGGAAGAGGCUUUGAUAAGAAACCAAACUCAUCAGAAUUAAGUUACUUGCUAUACUAUGCCUCUACGCGUCGUGUCAAAUUGGAAAAAGUUGGGAAAUUCAUUGAAAAAAAGAAUACCAUUGAUAUUAGCCGUAACCGUACUGGUAAUGUCCAAGUUACACUUGAGAUUAUCAACUCCUUGAUCAAGAAAUGUCCAGAUGAUUUGAAUGUUUUCGCUCAAAAUGUUAAUGUCAUAUUAUCAUCGGUGCUUACUACAAAAGAUUUGGGGUUAUGUCAACAUGCUGAACCUGUUUUCAAUACUUUUUGUAAUACAUUAGAUGGUGAAUUAUUUACUGGUGAUUUAGAGUUUGUUGAUAACUUCACCAAAUUAGCUGAAUCUUUCCUGAGAUUAGGUUCAAACCCCCCAUCAAGUAACACUACAGAAUGGAAGGCUAUAGCUUUAAAUGCAUCAAGAGAUUUAGCUCAUUGUCAAAAUAUUGCACAAGGUAAUGGGAAUUAUAUUGUUAAAAAAUUAAUACCAUUUAUUCUAAGUGAAAUUCAUGAAGAUUUUACCAAGGACCAAUUACAAUCAGAAGUGAAAUCAAAUGCUUCUCAACAUGAAUUAUCAAGAUACAAUACAGCAAGAUCUACUUUAGGUAAACAUGACACAACAACAACUUCACCAAUUAAACCACCACAACCCGUGGAAAAUGGUGAAUCAACUCCAAAGGAAAUUGCCACUGAUGAAUUAGCUUUAAAUUCAUUAAAGGCAUUCUUUGGGUCUAGUUCUUCAAGUCAAUUAGUUUCAUGUACCAAAGCUAUAUGUCAUUAUUUUGCUACUUAUAAAACUGAUCAUGAAUGGGCGUCUAUAUUAGUGGAAAUGAUUACAACUUGGGUUCCAGUUCAACUAAGAUUUGUUAUCCUAAGUGUGAUUUCAAGUCAUCUAAAGAAAAAUGGUAAACCUCAAGAACAAUUGAUUUAUUUACAUACAAUUUCAAAAUUAUUAUCUUCAUCUGUUAAUAUGGUUGGUCUUUCAAUACUUGAUAAUUUACGUCAAUUAACUGAUUUACAAUCUCAAAUUAUAAUUGAAUCUAAUAAUAAAGAUGUUCAUCAAUUGGUAUUUGCAUAUUCUGAAGUUAUUAGUUCAUUAGCUACACAUAUUUAUUAUCAAAAUCAAAUUGUUGAUACCGUGGGUGAAUUAUUGAUUAGAAUUAAAAAUUAUAUUGAUUUACCAUCCUCUAAAACACAAUUUAAUGCUGCAACUUUACAAACUCUUGUCUUGGUUCAUUUAGACAAUAUUAAAAAUGUUAUCAUAACAGCAAAUAAUAAUAGUACAGUACAAAGAGUUAAGGUUCCAUUAGAUUUAUUUGAUGAAACAUUGGAACUUCUUUCAUAUAAUAAUAAGAAUUUAUCAAAUGAUUCAAUUUUCCAAAUUCAAUCAAAAUAUACAGAUGUAUUAAUAACAUUAUUAAAACUUGAAUAUUUAGAUUCAAAAGAUUCAGAAUUAGAAAAUCAUAAUUCAUUAAUUUCAGAUUCCAAAGCAAGUGUUAUCAAUGAAGUUUAUGAAGAAUUUGAAAGAAUAUCAAUUUUGGAUAAUUAUCAAAAUUAUAAUUUAUUAAUUGAAUUUAUGGAAUUAAUUGUUAAAAAAUUUGGUAUUAAUGCUAUUGUUAAUUUAUUACCAUUUUUCUUUGAAUGGCAAUUGAAAAAUGAAACUGGUAAUGAUUUGUCAUUGAUUUAUAAAGAUAAUAUUGGUUAUUUAUUAGUUUUCUAUGCAACUCAAUAUUUAAAUGAUACAUCUUUCCAAAAUGAGGUCAUAUCAAGAAUUGAAUAUCGUAAAGAAAAUAAUUUAUGGAAUUUUAAUAUCAACCUACCAAUUGAAUCAUCAAAAAUUAAAUCAUCAAAAUUGGAAUUUACAAAAGAUGAAACUUCAAAUUUAAUUGAAAACCAUUAUGGUAAUAAUUAUAAUGAUUUAAUUUUCAAUUCUCACUAUAAAUAUCAAACUUCAGAUCCAUUAAUUGAAGAUGGUUCAAAUGAUAGUAUAAAUGAACAUUCAUUUAUAUCACAAAAUGGUGCACCACAAAAUUUCCAAUUUACAUUGUUCCCUCCGACAUCAGUUGGAGAAAAUCAUAGUAUAAGAUCAGCUCCAUUAUCUGCAAGAUCUUUAUUGAAUGGUAGAUUACAAGCUCCAAAAGUUCAAGAAUUAAGAAAAGCAAUUUCAGGUACUGCCCUGAAACCAUCAACUCAAACAAUUAAUGGUGGGAAUAUAUCAAAACAACAUACUGACUUAGGUUCAGUACUUCAAGACCUGAAUUUAUCUUCAACAUUUGAUGAUAGAGGUUCAUUAGCAUUUAGAUGA